GUCGUCCCCCGCUUGGCCAUGCUGCUGAUGCUGCUGCUCAGGACCUCGCUGAGGACGAGUCGCGGCCUCUCGCCGCUCGCCUCCUCCUCCACCUCCUCCACCAUCACCACCACCUCCACCUCCUCCUUGCCGGGGCUCGGCGCCGUGCGGAGAAUGGCGACCUCCGGUCACCGCAUCGAGUCGGACACGUUCGGCGAGCUGCAGGUCCCCAGCGACCGCUACUACGGAGCCCAGACCGUGCGCUCCGUCAUGAACUUCAAGAUCGGUGGCCCCAGCGAGCGCAUGCCGAUCCCCGUGAUCCAUGCGUUUGGAAUCCUGAAGCGCGCGGCCGCCGAGGUCAACAAGGACUACGGCCUGGACCCCAAGAUCGCCGACGCCAUUAUCCAGGCGGCUGACGAGGUGACGAGCGGCAAGCUGGACGACCACUUCCCGCUGGUGGUCUGGCAGACGGGCUCCGGCACGCAGACCAACAUGAACGUGAACGAGGUGAUCAGCAACCGCGCCAUCGAGAUCAUGGGCGGGCAGCUCGGCAGCAAGACGCCCGUGCACCCCAACGACCACGUCAACAAGAGCCAGAGCUCCAACGACACGUUCCCGACGGCGAUGCACAUCGCGGUCGUGCGCGAAGUGAGCGGCGUGCUGCUGCCCGGCCUGCAGACGCUGCACGACGCGCUCGACGCCAAGGCGCGCGAGUUCCACAACAUCGUCAAGAUCGGGCGCACGCACACGCAGGACGCCGUGCCGCUCACGCUCGGACAGGAGUUCAGUGGCUACGUGCAGCAGCUGCACUACGGGAUGGAGCGCAUGCGCUCGCGGAGGGAGGAGAAGGAGGAGGACUGA